GAACUUACAACAACCAGUAUAUGAUAUUAAACCUUAAUCUUAUUACUCUGAACCAAACUAUCAGGGAUGAUGCAUUCUGGGUUGUUGAGCAAAUGCCGUCCAAGGUAGAAUCUGGGGACCAGACUGCCAUUCUCAGAUCAGGUUACUGGCCGUCUUACAACAUACCAUUUUACGAAAGUAUUUACAAUAUGAGUGGAUAUCCAGCGAUUGUUGAAAAGUUUGGACUUGAUUAUUCAUAUCAGCUAGCUCCAAGAGCAAAAAUAUUCCGAAGAGACCAGGGAAAAGUGUCCAAUUUUGAUGAUAUGAAGUCGAUAAUGAGAUAUAAUGAUUAUUUACACGAUCCAUAUUCAGAAAUGAAUUCGUGCAAUACUAUAUGUUGUCGUGGCGACCUUAAUAUCAAAAAUCCUCGUGCUCAGGGUUGCUAUGAUACAAAGGUUUCUGAUUUCUUCAUGGCCAAGCAGCUGACAUCGGAGGCCAUCAGUGGACCAACAAUCGGGACAGGGUUACAGCCAUUUAAAUGGACUGAUAGAUUUCCUGAUUCCCAUAUUGGGGUGCCACAAAGCUACAAUUUUCAUUUUAUUCACAUGCGGCCAGAGCUUUGA